AUGGCCUCCCCACCAAGAAGCUCCUUGGCUCCUUCCGAAGCCUCGAACGAUCUCAGAAGUCAUGUCAUUCAGAACAGUGACAAUGAUCACCACAAACAAUUCUCGAUGCCAUCUUCUCACUACAAUAUACCUCCUGCUAUUCCCGUCCUCAAUUUUAGUGUUACAUCCGACGGCCUGAACAACCACGUCGAGUUGUUGGGUCCUCAUCGCCCACCACAAGUGGACUUCGGUCCAACAUCUUAUCCACGCUCGGGGCCACGCCGGGGGUCAUUCCCAGACAUCCUACCACACGGUCACACUCCACCUCCACCCAUCAACAUAACCAUGCCCCCUGCUAAAGCUCGCAAGUCCGGGCUUUUCACAGGUUUCAGGGCCGGGCAGGAGGAUAUGGACACCGAUAGCGAUCUUGAAUUUCUAUAUUCCAUACCAUGUUCGAAUGCAGAUAAGGCGCAAACUCCCUCUCCUGUUACUAACACCGACAAAAUCGACAAAGACACAACCACUACCGUGGGCGAGGUUGUGGCACCCAGUAUUGCCAGUGAUGGAAAUCCACCCUCAACAAAAGUUGCUGAAAGUAGUGUCUCAGGAAGAAAUAAGCAAGAUGUUCCUUCCAACAGUCCAGUGGUCCCUGAUAAGGGGCUGACUGGAGACAAACCGGACAUCAAACGGGAGCCGAGCAACAUCCAGGCUCCGGGCGACGACCAGACUUCACCCCAAGUGGUACCCGCGAACGCCAUAGAUCAGCCUUCUAACUACUCUAUGCCUCCUAGCAAGAAAAGAAAGAGUGGUGCUUCCAGAACUUCAGAGUCCAAUCAGCGCGCGUCGACUUCGGCAUCAACGGCCACUCCGUCUCGAGAGAGCUCGGAAGAAUACAACCCUUCUGGGCACACUCGAUCCGGGAGGCAAAUACAGAAGCCUGUGUCCCUUAGCGAGGGUACUCCUGUCCAUGCGAGCCCAUCAAGGAAACCAUCACGCAACAAUUCUACCGCCAACACAAUGUCAAAUUCCCCUGCGUCCAUAAAAACUCACCCAAAGAUCAAACGCAGAGUCUACCGCGGACGUGAGCAGUUUGCGCUUUGUGAGCACUGUUUGCGUGGACACGGCCCUCCAGGAAAUGUGAUUGUCUUCUGUGAUGCAUGCAACAAGUGCUGGCAUCAGCGCUGCCAUGAACCCCAGAUCUCUUCACAAACGGUUAGUGACUCGAAAGCCGAGUGGUUCUGCUCGGAAUGUGACCGAAUUCUGCACGGCAAGAAGAAGGACAAGAAGGCAAAUGGGAAAGCUGGCGCCCAACUCGCCGUCGUGGCACCUCCUGUCGUUGAGCAGAAACCCACAUUUACAGGGCCACGGGUUGGAGGUCGUUUCCUCCGGCCCGAGCAGAAGGAAGCCUAUCUCAAAACUCUUUCCAGAGAUGAUCUUGUGUCGCUGGUUCUACAGGCCUCAGACCUGGCACCGGACCUACCUUUGUUCCAAAGAGCAGCACCGCCGCCGCCCCCGCCAGUGGUGAUGCCGCAGGCGCAGUUCACUUCUACCUAUGUAACACCGGUCACGAAGGUGCCUUCGUUUGGGGACAACGACGCGGGCGACGAUAACGAGCUAGAUGAAGGCUACGAUGGAUACUUUGACGAGCACGCCGCACUGUAUCCCAAGCCUGGAAAUGGAGUCCAAUUGCCUCCAGAGAGCGAGGAUUUGCAUGUGUUGCUGGAGGGCAAAGAGAGCAAAACCUUUAGUCAUUGGGUGCAAGGAAUGCCCGGGAAGCUGUUCAGCGGGUCGGGUAAUGUCUCUUCGACGGUAUACUGA